CUUCGGUUUCCAGACCAGAGGCCCUCAAAACUCUCUGCAAAACCAAAAAUCCCCCACUUUACCCGUUUCCCAUUUCAACUCCUCUCUCUCUCUCUCUCUCUCUCGCUCUCUCUCUCUCUCUCUCUCUCUCUCUCUCAAACUCUCCAUUAAUUCUACCUUUUCCCAAAUUGAGCGUGUGUGUGUGUUUAUUUUUGUUGCAAUGAUUUCCCAAAGGGAACAAGAAGAAGCAAAUGAGAUGGUGGAAAACAACCAAGAUAGUGAUAAUGAGGAAGAUGAUAAGUUGGGAGAUUGGUUGAGUUUAAGCCUCAACUCAAAUGAGCCAUCUGCAGCUGGAGACUGUGAUCCUCUGUCACCAAAACCAUCAACUAGCAGCAACAAGGUUUUCUCAUGCAACUUUUGCCUGAGGAAAUUCUAUAGCUCACAGGCCUUGGGAGGUCAUCAAAAUGCACACAAAAGAGAAAGAGGAGCUGCCAAAAGGUACCAGUCUCACAGAAUGAUGAUGUCAUCAAUGGGGUUUCCAUUCAACCCUGUCGCUGCAGCAAGGUCACUGGGCGUCCAGCCUCACUCACUUGUGCAGAAGCCAAGCAGAUCAGAUGGGUCUUCAAUGGUUGCAAGAUUUAGUGACCCCAGCACAGGUUUUGGGAUGGCAUGGACACCGUUUAUGCUUGAAGAAACCAUGGAUUUGAUUUGGCCAGGAAGUUUUCGUGUGGACAAAUUUCCAACACAAGAAUCAGAUGUACAUAAUAAGCAGCUGGACUUAAAUCUUCGGCUGUGAUUCUAAAAUCUGAUCCUAGUGUUUGUAUUUCAAUCUAAAUUCAUCUUCUUUUUUUUCUUUUUUUUCUUUUUAAAUCUCAUCUAAAUAAUACAAACAAUAACACUUUGGUGCAUGAACUUUAAUCAUUAA